AGCAGAUUCUACUUAAACCUGAAAAGCCAACAGUCCAGAUGAAGAAUGUUCUAUUGAAGCUAACAUUCAGGUUUGACAGAGUGACUCAGAGGCAACUUGAAACCAGGAAGCAGUUCAAUCUAAAGCUUCUGAUCUCAGUGGGUCUGUACCAGUGAUCCCAGCAGCAGUGAUCCAGCCCAGACAUUUUCAUCUCUACUGACUGGACUUUUUUUAAUCUGUGAGAGGAACCAGGACCCAGAGUGUCUGCUGUCAGCACCACUGCUUCAGAGUGUGUGAAUUCAGCAACAUGGAUCAAUGUGAGGACAGAGAGCAGGGGGCCCCUCCCUCUAAAACCAGUCCGUGUGGGGACCAUGAGAGCCAGAACAAAGCUCAGAGGUCCCACCAGAGACAAGAAUCUGCUGAACCUGGACCUAAACUUAGCUGGAUGUCCUUCAAGAAUGACCGAUCAAAAGACAGCUUCCUUAACUUCAAACAAAAAUAUUUGUUAAAAACAAAGCUCCAUCAAAAACCACAGUCUGCUUCAACUGUUUUCAGCUCAGCAUCUUUGAAGCGCAACUGGUCAAAGAGGAACACAAUUAAUUGGAGACAUUUGUUUAGGCCCCAUGAGAGACGAGAAUUUGCUGCACCUGGUCCAGAAAAAAAUAUGUCCUACAAGAGCAACUGGUCGGAGAACCUUGCCAAACUUUUUAAACAACAACCAUCAGAAGUGGACCAGCAGAACUCAGAGGUUUCCAGUGACCAGCCUGUCCAGCAGCACCAAACACACCUGGACUCCAUAUUUAUGCUGCUGGAGGAAAACAUUGCCACGUUUGUGAAGAAGGAGUUAAAGAACAUCCAGAAGGUUCUGAGUUCAGAUUACCCAGAAUGCUUAGAGGGUCAGAGGGAUGAUGAGGAGGAGUUAGAUGGUGAGGACGAAGAGCAGAGGAGGAGCAGCAGAGACGCAUUUUUGAAGGUCACAAUGAACUUCCUGAGAAGGAUGAAGCAGGAGGAGCUGGCUGACUGUCUGCAGAGCAGAUUGUCUGCUCCAAUUUGUCAGCUUCAACUUAAAUCUAAUCUGAAGCAGAAGUUCCAGUGUGUCUUUGAAGGCAUCUCUAAAGCAGGAAACUCAACCCCUCUGAACCAGAUCUACACAGAGCUCUACAUCACAGAGGGAGGAACUGGAGAGGUCAACGAUGAACAUGAGGUCAGACACAUUAAAACAGCCUCCAGGAAACAAUAUAGAGCAGAAACAUCCAUCAGACAAGAAGACAUCUUUGAAGGCUCAGCUGGAAGAGAUAGAGCCAUCAGAACAGUGAUGACAAAGGGAGUGGCUGGCAUUGGGAAAACAGUCCUAACACAGAAGUUCACUCUGGACUGGGCUGAAGACAAAGCCAACCAGAACAUACACUUCAUAUUUCCAUUCACCUUCAGAGAGCUGAAUGUGCUGAAAGAGCAAAAGUUUAGCUUGGUGGAACUUGUUCAUCACUUCUUCACUGAAACCAAACGAGCAGAAAUUUGCAGGUUUGAUCAGUUCCAAGUUGUUUUCAUCUUGGACGGUCUGGAUGAGUGUCAACUUUUUCUGGACCUUCACAAGACUAAAACCCUGACUGAUGUCACAGAGUCCACCUCAGUGGAUGUGCUGCUGACAAACCUGAUCAGGGGGAACCUGCUUCCCUCUGCUCGCCUCUGGAUCACCACACGACCUGCAGCAGCCAAUCAGAUCCCUCCUGGCUGUGUUGACAUGGUGACAGAGGUCAGAGGGUUCACUGACCCACAGAAGGACGAGUACUUCAGGAAGAGGUUCACAGAUGAGCAGCAGGCAACAACAAUCAUCUCCCACAUCAAGACGUCACAAAGCCUCCACAUCAUGUGCCACAUCCCAGUGUUCUGUUGGAUCACUGCUACGGUUCUGGAGGAUGUGUUGAAAACCAGAGAGGGAGGAGAGCUGCCCAAGACCCUGACUGAGAUGUACAUCCACUUCUUGGUGGUUCAGACCAAAGUGAAGAACAUCAAGUAUGAUGGAGGAGCUGAGACAGAUCCACACUGGAGUCCAGAGAACCGGAAGAUGAUUGAGUCACUGGGAAAACUGGCUUUUGAGCAGCUGCAGAAAGGAAACCUGAUCUUCUAUGAGUCAGACCUGACAGAGUGUGGCAUUGAUAUCAGAGCAGCCUCAGUUUACUCAGGAGUGCUCACACAGAUGUUUAAAGAGGAGAGAGGACUAUACCAGGACAAUGUGUUCUGCUUCGUCCAUCUAACUGUUCAGGAGUUUCUGGCUGCUCUUCAUGUCUAUUUGAAAUUGAUCAACUCUGGAGUCAAUGUGCUCUUAGAAGAACAAGCAACAUCUGAGAUGUCUGAAACGAGAACAGAAAAAUCUACAGAGACACAGUUCUACCAUGAUGCUGUGAACGAGGCCUUACAGAGUCCAAAUGGACACCUAUACUUUUUUCUGUAUUUUCUCAUGGAUCUUCAGGCUAAUAAGACUUUUCUGUGGAGUGUCAUGAGUAAUAGUGAUUCAAAGCAGCAAACUGUUCAGUACAUGAAUGAGAAGAUCUCAGAGUCUCCGUCUGCAGAGAAAAGCAUCGACCUGCUCCACUUCCUGAAUGAACUGGAUGAUUGUUCUCUAGUGGAGCAGAUACAACAGUAUCUGAUUUCAUGUCUCAUGACAUUUGAGCUCACACCUGCUCAGUGGUCAACUCUGCUCUUCAUGUUGGUGUCUUCAGGAAAAGAACUGGACGUGUUUGACCCAGUUAAAUACUCCUUCCAUUUUUCAGAGGACGAUCUUUUGUUUGUUAUGGGAGUGGUCAAAGUCUCCAAAACCGUUGUUCUGAGUGGCUGUAACCUGUCAGAUAGAAGCUGUGAAGCUCUGUCCUCAGUUCUCAGCUCUCAGUCCUCUAGUUUGAGAGAACUGGACCUGAGUAACAACGACCUGCAGGAUUCAGGAGUGAAGCUACUGUGUGAUGGACUGAAGAGUCCUCACUGUCAACUGGAGACCCUCAGACUGAGUAACUGUAACCUGUCAGAGAGAAGCUGUGAAGCUCUGUCCUCAGUUCUCAGCUCUCAGUCCUCUAGUUUGAGCGAACUGGACCUGAGUAACAACGACCUGCAGGAUUCAGGAGUGAAACUACUGUCUGAUGGACUGAAGAGUCCUCACUGUCAGCUGGAGACUCUGAGGCUGUCAGGUUGUCUGAUUACAGAGAAAGGCUGUGCUUCUCUGGCCUCAGCUCUGAGCUCCAACCACUCCCAUCUGAGAGAGCUGGACCUGAGCUACAAUCAUCCAGGAGACUCAGGAGAGAAGCUGCUGUCUGAUGGAAUAAAGAGUCCUCACUGUGAACUGGAGACUCUAUGGGUGGAGCCUGGUGGAGCCCAAUGGUUGAGACCAGGUCUGAGGAAGUAUUUCUGCCAACUCAAAAUCAACACAAACACAGUAAACAGAGAACUACAACUGUCUGACAACAACAAGAAAGUGACACAUGUGGAGGAGGAUCAGCCAUAUCCUGAUCAUCCAGACAGAUUUGAUCUAUGUCCUCAGCUGCUGUGUAGAAAUGAAUUGACCGGUCGCUGUUUCUGGGAGGUUGAGUGGAGAGGAGACAUUAAUAUAUCAGUAGGAGAGACAGGAGACAGUGAAAACUUGUUGUUUUGUAGGAACAAUGAGUCCUGGAGGCUGAGCUGCUCUGAUGAUGAUGGUUACUAUGCAUGGCACAAUGGCAUAGAAACACCCAUCUCCUCCUCUGCUGUGUCUAACAGAGUCUCAGUGUAUGUGGACCGUCCUGCUGGUUUUCUGUCCUUUUACAAAGUCUCCAAUGACAAACUGAUCCACCUUCACACCUUCUACACAACAUUCACUGAACCUCUUUAUCCUGGGUUUACAGUCUGGUCUGACUCUUCUGUGACUCUCUGUGAUGUGUAGUAGUGAAGUAGUAGUAGUAGUAAUAGUUGUGUAGUCAUGUCAUUUUAUCAGAAUGUGUUUCUCAAGAUAGUGUAAUAGAAUCACUGGGCUGAAUUAGUGAGAAGCUUCUGGAUGUUCAAAGAUGAUUGUUAAAUGAAAACUGUUGGAUUUUA